AUGCCAGCUCCACCCGAAUUUCUGAAGUACAUAGAUGAUAACCAGGGGGCGUUCAUCAAGCGCCUGACUGAUGCCGUGUCUCAUAAAAGGCAAGUAUCUGCCCUCUAUUCUGUCAGUGGCGACCCCACGCUGCGCAAGGAUGUCAUUGACAUGGGCGAAACAUGGCUUCACGGCCAGCUCACAGCCCUUGGGGUUGAGACGAAACUCGUAUGGCUCGGUAAUGAAGAUGUUGAUGGCCAGACCCUGCAGCUCCCGCCCCUGGUCAUCGGGCGGGUGGGAAGCGACCCAAAGAAAAAAACGGUGCUCGUGUACGGGCAUUAUGAUGUGAUGCCCGCAAAAAAAUCGGAUGGGUGGACCACCGAGGACCCAUUUGAACUUACGGUCCGCGACGAGCGCAUGAUCGGGCGUGGCGCGACAGACGACAAGGGCCCGGUUGUGGGUUGGUUAAAUGUCUUGGAGGCGCACCAGGCACUUCCGCUUACCCUGCCCGUCAAUGUACGCUUCUGCUUUGAAGGAAUGGAGGAAAGUGGGAGUACCGGCCUCGACAAAUUCAUCGAAGAAGAGGCGAAUAAGGGCAAAGAAGGAUGGUUUGAUGGUGUUUCUUAUGUUUGCAUCACUGACAACUACUGGCUGAACACUCGUAAACCCGCACUGACUUUCGGCAUCAGAGGCACAGCCUAUUUUAGUAUUAACAUCAGUGGUCCAGCAACGGAUCUACACUCUGGGCUGUUCGGAAGGAUGGUGCACGAGCCCAUGACCGACAUGGUCAAGCUAUUGAGCAAGCUCGUCGAGACUAAUGGUAUAAUCACUGUUCCGGGUGUGGAAGAGACGGUGAAUCCAGUGGCUCCCGAAGAGAGGGAAGAGUAUGAGAAAAUGGACUAUACAGUGCAGGACCUUCGUGACGCUGUUGGUGGAAAAGCGAUCGAACUAUCCGAGGACCAUACUCAACUUGUCAUGAAUCGCAUGCGUUUUCCAUCACUUUCUAUUCAUGGAAUUAAGGGGGCGUUCGACGGAGAUGGCUCCAAGACAGUUAUCCCUGCGGCAAUAAAGGGAAGGUUUAGUCUUCGAUUACAACGUGCUGACCGUCCGAUCCUGGCCAAAUUAUGCAGCCUUGUGGAACCUCAGACCACAGACAUCAUCAAAACGCUUGUCACCAACUUCCUCAAUGAAGAAUUCAAGAAACUCAACUCCAAGAACACGAUGGAGGUUGAAUACGUUGGUGGUGCCCUGCCGUGGGUCGCCACUAACAAACAUGAUUUGAAUUUCAAGGCCGCACAUAGGGCAACAGAGGCAGUAUAUCGGCAGGCUCCAGACUACACACGUGAAGGUGGGUCGAUUGGAGUUGCCCUCACCUUUCAGGAGGAACUGGGGGAGGAUACGAGCGUGAUGUUACUACCCAUGGGACGAUCUGAUGACGGUGCCCAUUCCACGGAUGAGAAACUGGACAAAGACAACUUCUUCAAAGGGACUAAGCUGUUCGGUACUUAUCUCUACGAACUUGCUGCUGCCUAAAUGUGGUCAGAUCAGGAGGGUCGGAAUGGCGAACAGAUGUAAUGUAUGCAGUCAAGUCAUUCGAGUCUGAAAGGUAUUGAGGCUCUAUAUGUUGUUGUCUACACCUGCGGUAUAUGAGAAGUCCGAGCU